UCUUCACUCUUCUUGUUGUUUUGUCUCGUUUGUACUAAAAAAAGGAAAGCCAAACAAAGCCUUAAGAAAUAUUGGAAUUUGCCUACUGACAAUCCAUAGGCAAUUUCUUUGGCUUCUUCUCUCCCCUCUCUCUCCCACCACCCAAGUCAACACGGCCGGCUACGCAGAAAAACCCUAGAACCUCAAAUAAAUUUCCAACCCUGAAUUUAUUUAUUAAUUCUAUAUUAGAGGUCAACGAACCAAAACCCCCAAUGUAUUAAUCGCGUACAGCAAAAGAAAAGAAGAAUAACUCCAGCUCCGCCGGUCGUGUUGCUCGAUUUUUUCGUGUGAUUGCUGUCCUAGAAAUGUCGUCGGAGAUCGAGGUCGUCGAGGACGAGGUCCAAACCCGUGAUCACGAAUCUGCGGGUGCCGCCUCAGCCAAUUCAACGAACAAUGGCGACGCCAAUGGGAUUGGGGAAGAGAGUCUGCGAAACGACGUGUACACGGCCGCUGCGUACGGGGAUUUGGAGAAGCUUCAGAGAUUGGUGGAGUGUGAAGGUUGCUCUGUUUCCGAGACCGAUGGACUCGGCUACUAUGCCCUCCAGUGGGCCGCUCUGAACAACCGCACUGCCGCUGCACAGUAUAUUAUUGAGCACGGAGGAGAUGUGAAUGCCACAGAUCAUACGGGGCAAACAGCAUUACACUGGAGUGCAGUGCGGGGUGCAAUCCAGGUUGCAGAGCUAUUACUCCAAGAGGGUGCUCGGGUAAAUGCAGCUGAUAUGUAUGGCUAUCAGACUACACAUGUUGCAGCUCAAUAUGGUCAGACUGCUUUCUUGUACCAUAUUGUUUCAAAAUGGAAUGCUGACCCUGAUGUGCCUGAUAAUGAUGGGAGAAGCCCUUUACAUUGGGCUGCUUAUAAAGGUUUUGCUGAUUGUAUACGGCUUCUUUUAUUUCUGGAUGCAUAUAAAGGACGGCAAGAUAAAGAGGGUUGCACUCCUUUGCAUUGGGCUGCUAUCAGGGGUAACUUGGAGGCAUGCACAGUGUUGGUACAGGCUGGGAAGAAGGAGGACUUAAUGGUUACAGAUAACACCGGCCUUACACCCGCACAACUUGCUGCUGAUAAGAAUCACAGACAAGUUGCUUUUUUCCUUGGGAAUGCUAGAAGGCUGCUUGACAAACGUUGUGACGGGAACAGUCAUCUUGGACAAGUUUCAAAAUUAGGACUUGCACCAGUACUUUGGUGUAUAAUAUUUGUGCUCGUGGUGACCUAUACUCAUUCUGUCAUCAUGGCACCAAAUCUGCCAAAGUUAACAGCUGGAUCAGUUUUUGUUGCAUGGCUUGGAGUUUUCUUUGCAACUUCUGGGCUUGUAAUGUUUUAUAGGUGUAGCAGCAAGGAUCCAGGUUACAUCCGAAUGAAUAUCCAUGAUUCACAAAAUAUGAAAGAUGAUGAACCUCUGUUGAAGAUUGAGAUAAAUAACCCUGCCUUGCUAGCUGGUAAUUGGUCUCAGCUCUGUGCAACGUGCAAGAUUGUCAGGCCUCUUCGUGCAAAGCACUGUUCCACUUGUGAUCGUUGUGUUGAACAAUUUGACCACCAUUGCCCUUGGGUAUCCAAUUGCAUUGGCAAGAAAAACAAAUGGGAUUUCUUUGCUUUCCUUGUUCUGGAAGUUUUGGCAAUGGUAUUCACUGGAGGGGUUACUCUUACGAGAGUUUUGAGUGAUCCAGUCAGUCCAUCUUCUUUUGGAGCAUGGAUUAAUUAUGUCACCACUAAUCAUGUUGGUGCUCUUUCAUUUUUUAUCAUGGAUUUCUUCCUCUUUUUCGGUGUGGCAGUUUUGACUGUUGUACAAGCUUCUCAGAUAUCACGAAAUAUUACAACUAAUGAAAUGGCAAACGCGAUGCGCUAUAACUACCUUAGAGGCCCAGGUGGUCGGUUCAGAAAUCCAUAUGAUCAUGGGAUCAGGAAGAACUGUUCGGAUUUCUUGAUCAAAGGUUACAACGAAGAUGUGGAAUACAUUGAAGAAUCAGCUCGUGAUGAGGAGGAGGGUAUUGGAAUGAGGCAUAUGCUGAAGAACUCAAACGUGCAAAAUGGUGAUGCCUAUUCUCACCACACAAAUGGCAAUAGUCAGGUUGCAAUGAAUGUAAAUUCUAAUUCAACAUCACAUCAUGGUCAUGCUCAUUCUGCCCAGUGCAGCCAUAAUAAUCAUGGGAAAACAAAAAGUGAUAACGUUCCGUUAGGCUUAGGUCUUGGCCUUGGACGGAACACUGCCCGAUCUGUUGUAGCUUCAUGAUAGUAAAUUAAAUUUUAUGGCCAGAGUGUAGCUGAAGAUGCGUUGUGUAUUAUAAUCAUACUUGUACUUCAGCUUUUUGUAAUUUGAUUGAUUGUCGCUCCUCCUUAUAAAGAAGUUGCACGAAAUUUGUUUAAAAUGAUCCUUUCCAUGAGUUAUGCUAUAGCUGUAGCCUGUAAGAUUGAAUUUGAUUAACCUCA